AUGAUGAGCUCUGCGCACAGCAGUCCGGAAGCCGGGUCUGGGCUCCCGGAAGCGGCGCCCCCUCGCGUUCGCACGUCGGGUCUGGAGGUGGCGGCGCCUGCGGGGCUGCAGACCAAUCUUAGCUCGCCACGGCUGGCUCCGGAUGGUGGCGCCUCGGAGCACCUGUUCGAAGAGAAGUCCGAGGAGGAGGAGUCGGAGUCGGAGGAGGAGAAGGAGGAGGAGGAGCCGGAGGAGGGGUCGGAGGAGGGGUCGGAGGAGGAGCAGGUGCCGAAGCCACCGCCCAAGCCGGAGGAGGCGCGCAAAAGCGUCUUGGCGCGCCUUGAUCGCUUCAGCUUGCAGGUCAAUAAGUCAAGAUACCAAGAAGCAAAGGAUUGGUUCAAAAUCAAAAGACUAGGUCUGUACCAGCUCUCCAUGGACAUCAUCAUGAUGAACCGAGUGUGUAAAAUGUUCCGUCAAGGCCUCAGGGGAUUUCGGGAAUAUCAGAUCAUUGAGACUGCUCACAGAAAGCACCCUAUCUUCUCUUUCUGGGAUAAGAAGAAAGAAGGCCGAAUCACAUUUGAUACUAUGGACUUCGUUGCAGAGUCGGGUCACUUCCCUCCAAGGGCCAUUCAGAUCACGCAGAAGCAGCCCGCUUGGAGGGCAGAGCACGAGAUCCAGUUGCUCUGCAACCUCUUGCAGGUUCUGGACAGUUACCGGAACUACUCGGAGCCCCUGCAGCUGCUCCUGGCCAAGGUCAUGCGCUUUGAACGGUUUGGUCGCAGGCGUGUGAUCGUCAAGAAGGGCCAGAGGGGCAACAGCUUUUAUUUUAUUUACCUGGGCACGGUGGCCGUGACGGAGGACGAGGACGGCAGCAGUGCCUUCCUGGAGCCCCACCCAACGUUGCUGCAAAAGGGCAGCUGUUUCGGAGAAAUGGGCUCUCUUAGCUCCACAGUGAGAAGGGCCACCGUGGUCUGUAUGGAAGAAACGGAGUUCUUGGUUGUUGACCGAGAGGAUUUCCUGGCGAAUAAGCUGGACCAAGAAGUUAAAAAGGAUGCUCAGCUUCGGUUUGAAUUUUUUAGGAAGAUGGACCUGUUUCACUCCUGGUCCGAUGAGACGCUCUGGAAGCUUGUAGUCCUCGGGAAGGUAGAGAAGUUCUCCUACGGGCAGCUGAUCUCAAAGGACUUUAUAGAAUCGUCCUCCAUCAUGUUUGUCUGUGAGGGCAUUUGUGAAGUCCUGAGGUUGAUAGACCUUGAGAGCUCGCCCUUCUACCAUAAGUGGAUCUGGGAGCACCUGCAGCUCAUAGACGACGGACCUCCAAACAUCCACCUCAAGGAUUUAUCUCCUGUGGAGAGAUUUAAGGAAUUCCAGAUCAGGUCAUAUCCUGUACAGGAUUUUAGUUUUCUGAAGCUUUUUCAUCUCCAGAAAGCCCAGGAGCAAGAAGGAUCCAGCUUCAGUAGGAAGAUUAAAACCUCAGGAAAUACUCUCCCAAAGACCUUUGGCUCAAAAAUCAAGUCCAGGUGUUCUCAUUUGAUCAAAUGUCCCAUGAUCCAAACCAAGUAUGGUGAUCUCCCCAAGGAGGCUGCGGUGGGGGCCUACAUGAAGAUCCACACCGUGGAGCAAGGAGAGAUCUUGGGCCUUCACCAGAUCCUCCUCCCGGAGAGCCAGCAUGACACACGGCCUUUGAUCCUUGUGAGCCUGGGAGCUGAGGUGAUAUGGAUCAGGAGAGAAAAAUUCUGUGAACUGCUUGACAGUAAUACAAUAGAAAAAUUGUCAAAGUUCAGUAUCAAGUACCCCAGUGAUGAAGAUCUGUGCCAGAGGUUCCUCAAGGAGAACAACUGGAAUAUCUUCCGGAAGGACCUGGUGCGGCUACUGGUAGAGCCUCGCUGGCGUCCCCCAUUCACUCCAAUCCAGCCCAAGAAGAAAGGGACCUACAACCCCAGAAUUGUGAUGCUGGAUCUGUAUAGCUUAGACAAGAAGACUAAACGUCGUCAUCCCAUUUUUAUGGCACCCCAGAAAUACCUGCCCCCAUUGAAGAUUGUCCAAACCAUUAUACCACCCCGGUACAAAAUCCAAGAGCUCCUGCCUCAGUAUAAGAAUGCAGGGGUCCUCAUGUAGAAUCAAUAAAAGAUGUUGGGUCAACCA